AUGCCGCAGGGCAGCGAGCAGGCACUGCUGGCUUCCCCUGGAGAGGCGAUGGUGCGUGCUGGAGAGCGUGGGCAGGGCUGGGCAAGGACGAACAUGGGGUCUGUAUAUGAUGACCAACCAAAUGCACAUCAGAGGUUUAUGGAAAAACUAGAUGCCUGCAUACGUAACCAUGACAGGGAGAUAGAAAAGAUGUGCAAUUUUCACCAUCAGGGCUUUGUGGAUGCUAUUACAGAACUUCUUAAAGUUAGGGCUGAUGCCGAAAAAUUAAAGGUCCAAGUUACUGAUACCAACCGAAGGCUUCAGGAUGCUGGGAAAGAGGUGAUAGCCCAAACAGAGGAAAUCAUCCGAUGUAGAGUUCAGCAACGGAAUAUUACAACAGUUGUAGAAAAACUACAGUUGUGUCUUCCAGUGCUGGAAAUGUACAGCAAACUAAAAGAACAGAUGAAUGUAAAAAGGUGA